CUUCUAAGAUGCGUUACUUUGUGUUAGUGCUCGCUGCUUUUUGCGUUGGGAGUAUUCGCGGUGAAAAUGUUCUCAUGGAAUCUGUUUUCGCCGUUACUGCAUGCCGGUCAGCUUGUCUUGAUCAACAUACUGAUCUAGUCAAGACGGAGAAGAAAUGCAAAGAUGAUCUUAAUUGCUCUAUGUGCUGGGAAACUUGUGAGAUGAUGUAUAAGAAGUCAGAACUUUGGAGUUCCAUGUGUUUUGUACCUGAAAUUUGUUUGCCUGGAUGUCAAACAGCAUGCAAAAUGACCAUCAAUAAUUCCUUAAAUGCGAAUGAUGCAUUGAUACCUCUGCUGGUUACAACUAAGUUCGAUCGUGACACAAUGCGUUAUGCCUUGCACUGGAUUCCUGAACGCUUUCCCGAUAGCAAAAGAACGAUUCUCUAUACUGUUCUUUUCAAGGAUAAAGGCGAAGACUGGCAGGUUAUAACUCAGACUGUAAACUAUGGUGUGGAAAUUAAAGGAAACCAAAUGGGUCGAACUACUGCCAUCCGAAUUCUGGCAGCCAACGUUAGCCAUCAGAUUGCAUUCACAGAAACCAAUUUUGUCAAUAGUCUGGUGACUGAAAAGAAAAUUUAUCUGGGAGACGAGAAUUGGAGUCCUCAGUUAGUGUCCAUGGUGCGAAGUGAUACUUCUACAGGAAUAUUAACUACAAUCACUUGGCCAGGUAUACCAGAAGAAUUUGGUCCAAAUGAGUACGAAGUCUCGUGGAAUGCUGUUGGUGACCCAAUGGAAGUAACUGGUCAUUUACAAACAUCGGAGAAUAAGGCAGUCCUCACUCUUUGGCCUGAUUCCAUAUACUUAGUCACGGUGGAUAGGUACACUUCUGACGGAAUAAUAUAUGGUGAUACAACACAGGCUCUACUAAUUAACACGAAAAAAACGAUUAACCCACAUCUUGGGGAUGCUUCAUCAGCAUUAUGCAACAAUGAUGAAGGAUUCCAUAUCAAUAAUUCCGUGUAUGUCCUGGUCUUUCUCGUCGUUUCAACCACGUUUAUAGUACUGUACUACAUAAUUGGUAGAGUGCAUCGCGAAGUUCAAGAAGAGAAUCGCAAGAAAGCUCUUCACGCAUCUUUAAUAAUUGAAAAGUUCCGUCAAAUGUUGGUUAACCAAGAGCAAGGUACUAGCAAAUCCUGCCUUUCAAGUAUACAAGUUCAUUCUAAUUCAAAGACUGUUGGUGAAAAGCCAGAAGUGAUUUUAACAGUGUGAAAGAAGAAAUAUAAAUUUGAGUGGUGUAAAUAUUUGUAAAGUACUGAGAAUCUUAGAGUCAUCUUAUCAAAAGAACUAUGCUAUUUUUGUGUGAAAAAUAGCACAGAUAAUUCCAUCAUGAAAUAUUACUGAAAAUGAACUCUUUCAUGAAAAUGAUUAUUGCCAAAUAUUCUGUAUAUAGGUAAUUUAUUUUUGUACAUUGUAAAUUUUUAAUAAAUAUAAUGUUUUUCUUUAA